GGCACCAUGAGGGUCGUGCUCUGGGACCUGCUCCUGCUCUGCCUCUUCGCCCGCGCGCGCGGCGACUGCCGGGACGACUGCGCGCACUGCGACCGCCUGCUGUACCGCGACAGCUUCGACGUCCUGAUCUGCGUGCUGGAGUGCGAGGGCCAAGCGGUGCCCAGGGCCACCUGGGAGCUGUGCGCGGCCGCCAGCCGCCCCGCGCCGCGCCACCUGUCCGCCCAGCGCUGGCCCGGCGCGGCCAACGCGCCGCCGCUGCCCGCCGCCGAGCCGCCGAGCCGGGACGAGGAGCAGCAGGAGGAGGACAUUUCGCGGCGGCUGGGCGCGGGCCGGGCGGCCAAGGGGGUGCAGAAGAGGUACGGGGGCUUCAUCGGGGUGCGCAAGUCGGCGCGGAAGUGGAACAACCAGAAGAGGUUUAGCGAGUUCCUGAAGCAGUACCUGGGCAUGGCGCCGCGCUCCAGUGAGUACGGCCCCGGCGCCGGCGCCGGCCAGAACAACGAGAUCUAAACCGGGACGCGCCGGGGCCGCCGGCCGGCCGGCAACCCUCCACCCCGCCCGCCACAUCCCAUGCGUGCCAUCCUACAAGGGGGCCAUCACCAAGAGCAGCCGCUCGGCGACGCCUCGGGAGCGGCAGCGCCAGCGCCGGGGAGGGACGCGGGGCCACGCGGGAAGGGGCGGGUGGCCCUGGGGACACCGCUGGGGUCACCUUCAGGGUCACCUGUGGGGUCACCUGUGGGGUCACCUUUGGAGUCGCCCUUGGGGUCACCUGCUGGGUCACCUGUAAGUGACCUCAGGUCAACCCCUCUGAAGUCACCUUUGGGGUCACCCUCAGGGUCACCUUUGGGGUCACCCUCAGGGUCACCUUUGAAGCUGCCUCUGGGAGCACCCUUGGGGUCGUCUUUGGGGUCACCUUCAAGGUCACCAUCAUGGUUGCCUUUGGGGUCUCCUCUGGGGGCACCUUCAAGGUGACCUUCGGGGUUGCCCUCAAGGUCACCCUUGGGCUCACCUGUGGGGUCAUCCUCAGGUCAACCCCUUUGAGGUCACCCUUUGACCCUUUGAGGUCACCCUUGGUGUCACUCUUGGUGUCACCCCUGGGGUCACCUUUGGGGGUCACCCUUGGUGUCACCUUUGGGGGUCAUCCUUGGGGUCACCCUUGGUGUCACCUUUGGGGUCACAUUUGGGGUCACCAUUGGUGUCACCCUGGGGUCACCUUUGGGGGGUCACCCUUGGGGUCACCUUUGGGGGUCAUCCUUGGGGUCACCCUUGGGGUCACCUUUGGUGUCACCCCCGGGGUCACCUUUGGGGGUCACCCUUGGGGUCACCUUUGGGGUCACCAUUGGUGUCACCCCUGGGGUCACCCUUGGGGUCACCUUUGGGGGUCACCCUUGGUGUCACCCUUAGGGUCACCUUUGGGGUCACUCUCAAGGUCACCUUUGGUGUCACCUUCAAGGUUGUUGCUCCACGUCCUGCACGAAUUUGUUCUCCCCAAAUAAAAAAAUUAGGAAAAAAAAAAUAAAAUCAAAAUUCCAAAUAAAUAAGGGAAACGUUUAAACAAAAUGAGUUUUGUUUUUUUUUUUUUUAAAGAAUAAAAAAAUAUAAAUAAUGAAGCUCCAAGGAGAUUUAAAGUAGAAUUUUAAAAAAUAGUACCAAAUAAAGAAGAAAUGAAAAAAAUUAA